UAUUCCCACUACAUCCAUUGUAACAAAUCAUUGGCUACUGUCUUCUCACAAUCUCACCAAUCUCGUAUAGGGUAUGCAUUUGUGUCAGCUUGGUUUUCCCGACUUCGGAGACAUCUCAUGAAGCUGCAGGAAUCGGGUCAAUCCACCCUACUUCUUAUACUUAGUAGUGUCGUGUCGCUGGUUACGAACUCUCAUUGUUAGAAUGGGGUCGUCGAGGACCUUGGAUGGCCAGUCAUUCAUCAACACAAACCGGGCUCACGCAGCUUGGAUCGAUGCGAUGCACAAGUUUGAUGUGCUGGAUGACCACAUAGACGCCUUACCAGCCCCACCGCAGGUCCCGACAAGGCUGAUCAACGUUUUUACGGGUCAAAUCGAAGAAAUCUGCAAUGAUAUGACGAAGCGCUAUGUCAUUGCAUCCUACCUCUGGAAUCCAGACAGAUUCACGGAUACUCGAGAACACUAUACUGGUCUGAAGGGAGACAUACCCCACGCACCCACGUUCGACGACUGGCUCCGUCUCACUUGUCUCAUGCAUCCAAACAUCAUCCAGGUGGUUGAUGCAGGGGAAAAUGAGCUGCAUCGUAUGCGUUGUCCUUCAGAGGUGCCAGUAGGGCUAUCCCGGGAAUAUCUACAAGUGAUAUUUCUCCUUCUCGCCAGGGAAGCUUUGUUGAUGGGUAUUGAGCAUGUCUGGAUAGACGGCAUCUGCAUAAACCAAGCGGACCCAGACGAUGUCGCGCGUGAGAUACCGAGGAUGAGCGAUUAUUACCGCAACGCAGCAUGCUGUGUUGCUGUAUCUGAAGCGCUACGCAGGCGCUAUGCUACUGCUGAAGGCCCUCCACAAGAUGAUACCGAUUACCAAUCCAGAAGCGAUGAUGCUUGGCGCAGGAUUGUAACUUGGAUGAAGGGGUAUCAUGCCAAACGGCUCUGGGUCUUCCAGGAGACCUAUUUGGCCUCAAAAGUUGUAGUUCGCGCUAGUAACAUUCGGAUCGAUGCCAAUGAAAUGCUCAAGAUCAGUGACUCGGUUUCACCUGCCUGUCGCUCGUUUCUCAGCAUCUCUAGCCAUCAUUUUCCUGUUUCCCUCCCGAUAUCGGAUUGGGACCGCCCAAUGUCACCUGAGCUCUGCUUGCAGUAUUGUCGCAAGCGAGAGUGCUCAUUCCUUCAUGAUACCAUUUACGGCAUUCUUGCCCUGUUUUCCCCAAAAAUUCGUCACUCGCUCCCAGUGGAUUAUCAACUUUCACCAGGGAUUAUUCUUGCCAUAUUUGUCUACUUGAGAGUCCGAGCCGGGGAUUUAUCUGCUUUACUUGCACUACGGCAUGAAGCCCACGAAAGGGAUGAUCCCGGCCUCGGGCUAUCGUGGUUACCUAGUGGUUUUGGCUGGCAGCCAAACGAUAUAUUUGGCCUUACCCCGCACGCCGAACUCUUGCCUCAUGUUGACCCCGAAGGCACACUGCAUAUGUCUAUGUACUGUCUCGAAGUGGGGAAAGUGCUUGAAAUGAGUUUUGCAGAUGUUGUGGCAGAGCACGAUGAUCUCAAUAUUGAGAUCCACCUCAUGCCACACCACGCUGAACUCCCCCAUCGACUUACUUCCGGAAUAUCUCAUAUCGGGGGAAUUUUGGAGCCUUCCAAUAGCGGCCGCCAUUCUGGGGUUUUCCAAGUCGGUCCACUCACCUUGCAACAGCAUAUCGCAAACGAGGAGCGCAAGGAAAGACGAACAUUCUUGACUCAGAAGGCAGACAAGAGACCGGGCGAAGUUGUAUUGGCAACCUUUGGCGAACAGAACUGGUCGGAAUGGUCGGCUGGUGUACCUAACUGGUGGUUCUGGCUUUUACUUGCAACAGAGGAUGAAGGAAAGACAUGGAGAAAAUUCGGAAUAGCUCUUAGCUACGAAAUUAAUACUGAUUCAAUUGCACGAAAGAGAUUUAGCAUUCGGUAGUAAAAGCACAAGCUACCGUGUAGCACAUCGUGUAGACGAACGUCGAGACUUGUGCUUGCUAGAAAUAAUAUUCCCUCAGCUGUGGCUAUGGGCUCGAAUAC